CGGGAGAACAGACCUCGCUCGUACCGGCUUUCAAGACACAGGACAACUCGAGGAUUGGCUGUGCCCAUAGACACACCACCGAGUGUCCAACGCAAGCGAAGUCAACCUUCCUUCUUGUACUGGUACCGAAGAGCAUCGACUUUCCUGGUCGGAGCGUACGCUGGUGGAAUUGGAUGCUGUCACUUCUCUAGUGGGACAGGUAUAGUGGAUCCUGCUUCAAUAUUCGCAAAGAACUCCCAGACGUAAAAAUUAUUUUGUUGCUAUGUCUACCGGUGGCACUAUGCUGACGAGUCCCAGAGGAUCAUCAGUGCAGGCGAGGCAUUGAACGAGUGCAGGCGUGAUUCGAGAUCGAAACGACAGAGACGAAUUUCAUUUUUCCUCACGGCACACCACGUCGACCCCUUCGAACCGAACAUCCAAACAAGAAGAGGAGGGCAUUCAUACAUUGGGAAGGCAAGAGCGUGGGAGGUGCUUGUGGUGACACUUUGUCCUGAACUAGAACACAAGACUCAAAAAACUAAAUUACAUCUACAACGAAUCCAGAUUCCAUGCAUCGAUUGUCUAUUCUGGACUGUACCAAAUAUACGGCUCGACAGAGGCAUCCUUCGGACAGGGGCAACGGUCCGCGGGGGCUGCAGCAUCUCUUGCCGGCUCGCUGCUGCUAAGAGUUCUAUGUUGACUUGUCCUGGCCAAAGGACCCGACAGAAUAUACAUGAUGGGCUCAAACCAGCGGCCCCUCAUGGGCCCGCCAGAAACACCGAGCAGAGUCAUGCAGCAGUCUCCCAGUCUAUUCCCGAGUCUUCAGGUCUCGCCGGAGAUGUAUGCCCAUCAAUUCUCGGGACCAGCUACGGCACCAGCAUACCCCAACCAGAGACUGUUCUGGGACCCUGCCAGCAUUGGCUUUGACGAAUCAAGCCUACCUCAGCAGUACCAGGAUCAUUUUCAAUUCAGCCCUGUGACCAUGAGCACGUCGUUUGCGUCUUCAUCGACAGUCGUGCCGAGCUACACUCCUCAGCCGUCUUUUCCUAUAUCAGAAGACCAGCCUUACGACUUGCCGAUGCUUCAGAGAUCGUCGAGCUAUUCUCAUUUCGGGGCUUCUGCGUAUCCCGCCCCUUUCACAACGUCGCCUCGAGUGCUUCCCCCACAGGUCGAGAACCCAAGUAUGUUCUUAAGCUCGCCAGCCCGCAGGUUCGGUGCCGCCGAUCAGAUGCACAAUCGUUUCGCCCACAAUCCUGUCCCGGAAAGGCCUGCAUAUGCUCAUCAACUCGAGGAGUCUCGGCGUGAGCAAGAAUUGAAACGUAUGCGAAGAAGCGACGUCAAGCAGCCUUCCAUCACUCGAUCAGUCAUGGAGGCAUUAAAACGUCCGGUCUCGCCCAGGAAAGAAAGCAGGCCAGGGUUGAAAAGAAGCCUGACCCAUACCGGAGUUCGUGGAGAUCGAUCUUUGAAGCUUCAACCAUCGUCGACCUUUGUCGGGCGUCGUUCUCCCGCGCCUCCUGACCCUAUGAAGCAACAUCGUCCGGGCAGAUCAUCUCCUCUGAAACAAGUGGCCGACCCUAUUCCACGUACGCUUACUGCCAGUCAGAUUGCAAAACGUGCCUCAAUGUCGCUCGCCAUUGACGAAAACGGUGUUGCCAAAACAAUAGUCAGCGAUCGCAACUCCGGAAUGGACCCAGACAUGUUGUCUGAAAGCGAGGCUGAAUCCUUUGACGAGACCGACUUUCACAUGCUGCGAAGCCAGAGCAAUUCUUUUGCUUUUCCAGAGUCUGGGGAUGCAUAUGAUCAAGGCAACAGGUCUUACAGUCAUACAAAGACCGACUCCCGCUCUACUGUGGCUUCGACAAAUUCCGCCAAGCAGUCCUCAUGGCAUAGUUCUGCCUCCAACACGAGGAGUUCUGACGGCGGUCAGCAUGCUAGACGCAAACGCCCGCUUCCAGGGACCGCUGAAAUGGACAUCUUAAUGGAAGAUCGCCCACCUGGCAAUGCCCAGCACGCGCUAAGAGCCAUUAUUGAGGACCGCUCGCGCUCAAUGUCGUCGCAAGGAUUAAAUGCCAUGGCACAGCUGCAUUCUUCGCCGCCCUUACACCAGAGUCACUAUGGAGCCUAUGGCGCAUCGCCUACUACGGUCACUGAUCCCGAGCUGGCCACGCCAAGCACGGACAGGGAUAGUCUCGCUAGUAAUAUGAGUACACGAUGUGUUUGUAAUUCUUCAGUGCUCGAUGGCUCCGUGCCGAUGGUUCAAUGUGACUCAUGUUACAAGUGGCUGCAUACCACAUGCGUCGGCAUUGAUGGCUGGCGGAUUCCACAGGUCUACAUGUGUGCUUUCUGUGUCCAGACGCCCAUACGUCAAGGCCAGAGCUCGUUGCGGCCUUCAGCAGCCUUCCAGAUGGCCAGCCCUCUAGCGCAUAAGUCAAAGCGUACCCGGUGAUGCUGUGUACCUAUAUCUUACGCAACUCUGAUCUUAUACUUUUUCCUUUUGAGCGAUAACUUGUACGAUUUCUGUCUUGAAACCGGCAUUGGUACACUGGAGUCUUUUGUCGAUGGUACACAUUAAUGUUUUCAAUCAGCAACAGACGGUGAAGCUCGGGUGUCUUUGCACGUCAUUUUCUACACAUAUAUACUGGUGGCAUUGCACGUCAGGUGCAAUGUAAAAGCUUACGAUAUACGCUGUUGCAACAAUUCAGCAGGCGUCGUUUGGGUUGGUCAUAGAGCUGCUUGGGCUUGUCAGCGUGGUUACCCUACAUAUACAUAUAUAUGUAACCAAUAGCUGGUUGAGAGCCAACAUUUACUUCAACGCUUCAUGUCUGCACAGAUUUUCCUGUAUAGCUUGUUUGGAAAAAGACAAAGACCUGGGUACUUUGCUGCCAUCUUCUCGAG